AUGACCCGAACGGCGGUUCAAGCUGCUUCAGGUCCUGGAGCCGUCCGAGGCAUCCUGUUCGACGUGGAUGGGACGCUGUGCGACUCUGAUCCUGUGCACUUUGAAGUCUUCCAGGAGCUGUUGAUGAAGGAGGGGAUCAAUGGCGGCAAACCCAUCGACGAGCACUUCUUUCGCACCAUGAUAGCAGGACGGCAGAACGCGCUUAUCUGCAAGGACCUCUUCCCGCACUGGACGGUGGAGCAGGCCGAGCGAUGGAGUGAGAUGAAGGAAGCGAGAUUCAGAGAGAUGGCAGUAGGCAAGCUGAAACCCAUUGAAGGCCUGCAGGAGAUUUUCCACUUCCUCGACCAGGCAGGGAUCAAAAAGGCUGCUGUCACCAACGCCCCGCGCAAGAACGCAGAGUUCAUGCUGUCAGUGCUGGGAAGGCUGGACUGGUUUGACACCAUCGUCAUCGGGGACGAGUGCAAGAAGGCCAAGCCCGACCCGAUGCCCUACCAGAUCGCGAUGGAGCGACUGGGGCUGAAGCCGGAGGAGACAGUGGUGGUGGAAGACUCGCCGUCAGGAGCGACGGCUGGCGUCAAGUCGGGAGCCUUCACAGUUGGGAUUUUGACAAGUCAGCAUGCGGACACACUGACAUCGGUUGGUUGUAAGAUGUUGAUCAAAGACUACAGGGAUGCUGAGUUUAUGACGAUGAUUGGAUCGAUGAAUUCUGAGGAUAUACAAAGCGUGCUCAAGGCUUGA